AUCCGCUCUCAGUCCUGGAGCGCCGCUCGGCUGCCGCCACCUGCCCCGCCGCCGAGCCGCUCGUUGCUCCGAGCCCUCCUCGGCUCCCGGGACUCCACCGAGCCUCCGCCGCCGGCCUCCCAGCCUCGCCGCAGUUCAAGCUGCCUCCGUGCUGGGUGGCGGGAGGGAAGAAGGCCGCCUCCUCUUCCUCCUCCUCCUCCUCUUCCUCCUCCUCCUCCUGCUGCUGCCGGUCCCGCGGCGGGCAGGCGGGAUGAUGGAGCCCCGCGCCUCCCGCAGCCUCCGCCCGCUGCUCAGCCUCCUGCUGCUGCUCGGAGCCCUCUGCCUGCCGCCAGCUCUGGGAUUGUAUACAGUAAAUGCAGUAUAUGGAGACACUAUUACCAUGCCUUGUCGUCUAGAAGUACCAGAUGGUCUUAUGUUUGGAAAAUGGAAAUAUGAAAUGCCAAAUGGAUCUCCAGUAUUUAUUGCCUUCAGAUCAUCAACAAAAAAAAAUGUACAGUAUGAUGAUGUACCAGACUACAAAAACAGGUUGAGUCUCUCAGAAAACUAUACAUUAUCCAUCAGGAAUGCAAGAAUCAGUGAUGAAAAGAGAUUUGUAUGUAUGCUAGUAACAGAAGACGAUGUUUCUGAAGAGCCAACGAUAGUCAAAGUCUUCAAACAACCUUCUCAACCAGAAAUCUUGCAUCAAGCAGACUUCUUAGAAACAGAGAAGCUAAAAAUGCUUGGAGAGUGCAUUGCAAGAGAUAGUUAUCCUGAAGGCAACAUUACGUGGUACAAAAACGGGAAAGUUUUGCAGCCUGUGGAAGAAGUUGUGGUCAUAAAUUUGCAAAAGACUGUGGACAAAUCAACUGGACUCUUCACCAUGACAUCAUCUCUUCAGUACAUGCCAACAAAGGAAGAUGCAAAUGCUAAAUUUACUUGUAGUGUGACAUAUUUUGGACCAUCUGGCCAGAAAACGAUACAGUCUGAUCCAGUUGUCUUCGAUGUUCACUAUCCAACAGAGAAGGUGACUAUUCGAGUGCUGUCACAAAGUAGUACCAUUAAAGAAGGUGAUAAUGUCACCCUGGAGUGCUCAGGGAAUGGCAACCCUCCUCCACAGGAGUUCCUGUUUUACAUUCCAGGAGAAACAGAAGGUAUAAGAAGCUCAGAUACUUAUGUAAUGGCAGAUGUGAGACGAAAUGCAACAGGAGAAUACAAGUGCUCUCUGACUGACAAAAGCAUGAUGGACACCACCACCAUCACUGUGCACUAUCUGGAUUUGCAGCUUACUCCUAGUGGAGAAGUCACAAAACAGAUUGGAGAGGCCCUGCCUGUGUCAUGCACAAUUUCUUCUAGUAGAAAUGCAACUGUGCUUUGGAUUAAGGACAAUACCAGAAUGCAAACAAGUCCAUCAUUCUCAAGUCUGCAGUAUCAAGAUGCCGGAAACUACAUCUGUGAAACUACUCUACAGGAGGUUGAAGGGUUAAAGAAAAGAAAGACACUUAAACUUAUUGUGGAAGGAAAACCUCAAAUCAAAAUGACGAAGAAAACCAACACAAAUAAAAUGUCUAAAACAAUUGUCUGCCAUGUGGAAGGUUUUCCCAAACCAGCAGUGCAAUGGACAGUCACUGGCAGUGGAAGCAUCAUAAAUAAAACAGAGGAGACCAAAUAUGUUAAUGGAAAAUUUUCCAGUAAAAUUGUAAUUGCUCCUGAGGAAAACGUGACUUUAACUUGCAUUGCAGAAAAUCAGCUAGAAAGAACCGUGACCUCUUUGAAUGUCUCUGCUAUAAGUAUUCCAGAAUAUGAUGAGCCAGAGGAUAGAAAUGAUGACAAUAGCGAAAAGGUUAAUGACCAGGCAAAGCUAAUAGUGGGCAUUGUAGUUGGUCUUCUGCUGGUUGCCCUGGUUGCUGGCGUUGUCUACUGGCUCUAUGUGAAGAAAUCAAAAGACGCCAAAGGAAAGUCUGAGAAGGCAGCAGCACAGAACUUUCCAAGUCUGCCGAGGACAGCAUCAAAACAUGUAGACAAAGAUCUUGGAAAUAUAGAAGAAAACAAAAAACUAGAAGAAAACAAUCAUAAAUCUGAGACUUAAGAGACAAAAUGCGUCAGUCAUCAUUCCAGAGAAUACAUAUAGACCAAUUGAAGCAUGAACGUGGAUUGUAUUUAAACAUAUACAAAGAAGUGACAGCUAUUCAUGGUUCAAGUAUUAAACAGAUCAUACUACCAAGUUUUCGGAGGAUUUUAGACACAAUUAUCUCAAGCUAAAAAACAAAAAACAAAAACAAAACGACUAAUUUUGGCAACAGCCAUGAUAAUAGGUCACCAUAUUGUGUUCUGUUUGAAAUAUUUUUUUGUAAAUGUCUGCACUGAAGAUUUCUUUUUGUUUGCCUUUAUGUAAAUUUUUUACGUAGCUAUUUUUAUACACUGUAAGGCUUUGUUCUGGGAGUUGCUGUUAUUCUGAUGUAAAGUGUAAUGGUUUUAUUUCAAUUGUUUUUAUGACACCCUUUGGGCAGGUACAUGUCUAAUUCUGAUUGUUAUCAGUGAAGCCUCUGCUUUGUAGCAAGUACCUAAAGUGUAAGAUUGUCUUAAAGGAAAAUAUCAAUCUCCUUUUUCAUUCUUAGAAAUCACAGUAAAGAAGAAGGGUGACAGCUGCGACAAAAAAUAAACUAAAUUGCUAAUAAAAGUGAAAAUUUAAGAAAGCCAAACAAAGGUAAACAGCCAGAAAUGGAAUUAAGUUUCUGUGGAAAAGGCUGGGUAUUGAACAAGGAACACAAUGAAAAAAUAUUAGCCUAUGUGCAGAUGGUGGCUAGUAAUUCUUUUCUUCUAGAGCAAGAUGUGCAUUUUAUUGAUACAUUACCUGUUGUCUUUCAUGUUAGAAUUAGGAUAAGGAACUGGAAUUCUGGAUUGAUUUUGAUUCCUUUAUGUUAUCCGCUGCCUUAAAGUACUGUACCUUUUAUUCAUUUUAAAAAGAUAUCAGUCAGAAUUGGAGACUUUUUAAAAAAAGAGAGAAAAAAAAGUGGUCAUAUCAAAGCUGCAUUUUUUUUCCACAAAAAUAGAAUAUAUAUAUUUUUUGUGUGUUUUUGUUAACUAUGCUACAGAUAUUGAAUGCACCUUGAGAUAAUUUUAGUGUUUUUAACUGGUACUUAAUUUAUCAAACAGUACAUAUAAUUGUAACAAUGAAAUGUCUAUGUAUCUUUAGUUACAUUCAAGUUUGUAACUUUAUAAACAUGUUUUAUGCUUGAGGAAAUUUUUAGAAUGGUACUGAUAAGAAAAUGUUUUGGCGUAAAUGGCCAAUAGAAAAUUGUACUGAAGGUGGAAAAAUUCCAUCUUUUUGGAAGGUUAGUUUCUGGAAGAAAGUAAUAGGCAGCUUUGAUGAAGAGGAACUGUAGAGCAAGCAGAACAUCAGGUUUCCAUUUACAAAUAUCCAGGGAAAAGUAUGUUUUUAUAGACUGGUAGGCAAAAAAAAAAAAUAAAUAAAAGAAAGAGAUGGACGUUAGGAAAUGUAUUUUGCCACUUUUGCAUUAUUUAGGGGGAAGAAAACACUGUUACUUGUAAAUUUGUAAAAUGUUACAUGUCUGGGCAGUAGUGACUGAUGUCUUAAUAAAAGCUUCCUGUAGUGCAUUGGCAUGGAUUAAAUACAUAAGAUGUCCUAUAAACUCUAUGCUGUAUAAAAUAAUAGAGGGAAAUCCUGUUA